AAUUCCAAACAUUUCAGUUAAGUCUUGAAAUUGCUCCAGAUGAAGUAGAGAGCCUUGAUCAAACCAAGAAUGGUCUGAUUGACAGGUCAGCUUCAGAAUAAAGCCAAACCUGAAAAAGAAGCAACCCAGACUCUUCCAUGACUAGAAGAAUGAGCACUGAGAGACCUUCGGACUUAAUCAAACACCCCGGGCAGACAAGCAUUCCAUCCCUCGAAAACAUAAGUGAUUUUUCAUUAAAUAUCACUGACUGCACCCAGGUUGUGGUGCCAGAGGAAGUUUUUUUCACUGUUGCUGCCGCUGGGAUACUGGAAAAUCUACUUAUCCUCAUUGCUGUUGUUAGAAAUAAGAACUUACACUUGCCCAUGUACUUCUUCAUUUGCAGUUUAGCCAUUUCAGACAUGUUAGGCAGCUUGUACAAAACUCUGGAGAACAUCUUUAUCAUCUUAUGCAAAAUGGGAUACCUGAAACGUCAUGGAGACUUUGAGAAAAAACUGGAUGAUGCCAUGGAUUCCAUGUUCAUUCUGUCUUUGCUGGGGUCUAUUUUCAGCUUGCUAGCUAUUGCAGCAGAUAGGUACAUCACGAUCUUCUACGCUUUGCGGUACCACAAUAUCAUGACUCUGAGGAGGGCCUUGGCUAUCUUGGCAAUCAUUUGGGCGUUCUGUGCCGGCAGCAGCGUUGCCAUUGCCCUCUUCUCCUACGAAGCAGCAACAGUCAUUCCCUUCACCAUCCUGUUCCCUUUGAUGAUGUUUUUCAUACUCUGCCUCUAUGUCCACAUGUUCCUCUUGGCUCGAUCUCACGCCAAAAAAAUUGCCUCACUGCCCAGCAGCACCAUCCAUCACAGAACUAACAUGAAAGGCGCGAUUACACUGACUAUUUUUCUUGGAGUUUUCCUUUGCUGUUGGGCCCCCUUUGUUCUUCACAUCCUCUUAGCAAGGUUUUGCCCACAUAACCCAUACUGUGCCUGCUACAUGUCCAUUUUCCACGUGAAUGGGACACUCAUAAUGUGCAAUGCCAUCAUUAACCCUAUGAUUUUUGCAUUCCGAAGCCCAGAAUUGCGGAGUACAUUUAAGAAGAUGUUCUACUGUUCCAGGUCAAACUGCAACUGGUGAACACUUGAUCCAAAAAUGAAAAUUAUAAAAGCAUUUAUGGGGUGAUGUGCAACAUCAGUGUGCAGAGUUGAAAAUAC